AUGAGCCUCGCCUCUCAACGUCUGCUCAUUACAUCCAUCCAUCUACCUGAAUCUCGCACAGUCAACAUUUUCCGUCUCGCUCUUCUCCCAGUCUCGCGACGCUGGGCGCAUAUUUCGCGCCCCGUCCUCUUUGCCACCUACGCUUUGAAGCCUCGACAAUCCUCAACAAUGGCGUCCGAAUCGUUGAAUUCGUCCGAAUCGGACCAAGAACACCACCAGCGCAGAAGUAACACGCAGGGCCAAGAAGGGACCCCUUACGCUGCGCGCGCCGCUGCAGGCGCUGCAGCCGCCAGUUCAUUCUUUCCGUUGGGGUACCGUGAAGGCUUUAGCCAAUGGUGGGCUCGUCUCCCUGCUGCAGCUGCAGAGCAUAAGGUCCUCACCUAUCUUCCAUAUCUGCAUGCCCAACCACCAACCCACCUCCAAACCGGUAACACAGCGGACUUCCCCAACGGUUCCACGCCGAGCAGUUUGAAGUCUGCAGACCACAACCAAGAAGGCGAGAUCUCGACCAACUCCCUCAACGAUCCCUAUGGCCCCCGUCGAUGGAGCUCUAGCAUGGUGGAACUGAGUGGAAAAGAUCGAGCUCUUAAUGAGUUCUCUGUUGAGCGCGUUGGCGAAGAUGCAGACCAACAUUUGGUCAUGCUUCACGGCUACGGCGCCGGACUUGGCUUCUUUUACAAAAAUUUCGAGCCUCUUAGUCGAUUGAAGGGUUGGCAACUGCAUGCUUUGGACAUGCUGGGCAUGGGUCGUAGCACCCGGCCGCCCUUCAAGAUCAAGGCCAAAGAAAGAGAAGAUGCUAUCCGGGAGGCCGAGGCCUGGUUCGUUGAUGCGCUGGAGGAAUGGCGUAUUAAGCGCAAGAUCGAUCGUUUUACUCUGCUCGGUCACAGCCUGGGUGGUUAUAUGGCCGUCGCCUAUGCCCUCAAAUACCCCGGCCAUCUCAACAAGCUCAUCCUGGCGUCCCCGGUGGGUAUCCCCGAGGACCCAUAUGCGGUGACAGCGGAUGUCCCCGAGCCUACCGAGUCUACGCUGGCCAACGAGCUCACGCAAGACCAGAAUGAAAUCACCUCUGGCGCUAUACCAGGAACUGCACCCAAAACCAGCGACGGCAGUUUCAUCACGGGCCGCAACCCCGAGCCCCAGGCCCAAAACCGGCCGCCGCGCCGGAACAUGCCUAAAUGGUUCGCCUAUCUGUGGGAUGCCAACAUCUCCCCCUUCAGUCUGGUACGAUGGACCGGUCCUCUGGGUCCCCGGAUCGUAUCUGGGUGGACUUCCCGCCGCUUCUCCCACCUCCCAGCGGACGAGGCCAAAGCACUCCACGACUACUCCUAUUCAAUCUUCAGUCAACGUGGCAGCGGCGAGUAUGCUCUAGCGUACAUUCUCGCCCCUGGCGCAUUCGCCCGCAGUCCUCUGAUCCGCCGUAUCCACGGCGUCGGCCGACAGAUGAUCCAGGCGGACUCCUCCUACUCUCUCCCGCACCCCAGCACCUCGAUCAACUCUUCAUGCUCGAUCCUCGGCAAGUCCGCAGCGGCGGCAUCUACACCCGCCGAUGCGCCGAGCCCGCACCCAAUCCCCUCAUCCGACGCCCCCGUCCCCGAACAAGAACCCCGUCGCGAGAACGGCCUCCCAAUCGUCUUUAUGUACGGUGACCACGACUGGAUGGACGUCUCAGGCGGACACAAUGCUGCGAAGCGCCUCGAAGAAGAAAAAGAGCGAGUCUUAGCCAACGCCACUCCAGAAGAGCGCCGCAAUGACCAAGGUUCCGCCAAGGUGGUCGUCAUUAACCGAGCCGGCCACCACCUCUACCUUGACGGAUGGGAGGAUUUCAACAAGGUCGUCCUGUCCGAAAUGGAAGAAGUCAAUCAACGCGAGAGGGUGUCGCGAACUUGA